AUGUCGCCCCCCAACAUCCGCCUCAUGGACGGAGGCCUCGGAACCCUCCUCACGUCCCCCCCGCACAACAUCACAUUCACGCACGACCACCCCCUCUGGUCCUCGCACCUGUUGACGUCGAAAGAGGGGGAGAAGGAGUUAGCGAGAGCGCAGAGGAGUUUCGUGGAUGCGGGCGCGGACAUACUGUUGAGUGCUACUUAUCAGGCUAGUUUUGAGGGGUUUGGUGGGACGAAAGUACGGUAUGGGAGGCAGGAGGAGGGGAUUGGGGAGGGGGUUGGGGAGGAGGAGGCGGGGAGGUGUAUGAGGAGGGGGGUGGGGGUUGCGAGGGAGUGUUUUGAUGGGGGGAAGGGGACGGUGGUGUUAGGGUUGGGGGCGUAUGGUGCGAUUAUGAUUCCGGGCGCGGAGUAUAGUGGGGUGUAUGAUGAGGGGCAUAGGAGUGUUGAGGAGUUGCGGGAGUGGCAUGGAUAUCGGAUGAAUGCUUUUAAGAGUGAGAAAGAUUGUUGGAGGGAGGUGGAUAUGGUUGCGUUCGAGACUAUACCGGUGAGGAAGGAGGUUGAAGCUGUGAGAGAGGUUAUGGCGGGUGUGAAUGAGAGGGAUGGGAGGAGGUUCUGGAUUAGCUGUGUUUUUCCGGGGGAGGGGAAUGUGCUUCCUGAUGGGAGUUCUGUUGGGGAGGUUGUUGAGGCUAUGCUCGGCAAGAGGAGUGAAGGUGCGGAUGAUACGCCGUAUGCUAUUGGUAUUAACUGUACGAAGGUUGGAAAAGUCGAGAGCUUGAUCUUGGAAUUCGAGGAGGCUGUGGAAGGGCUACUUGAAAGCCAUGCUACAGCGUUAUCGCGUGUUCCGGCGUUAGUCUUGUAUCCUGAUGGGACGAUGGGAGAAGUAUAUAACACCACGACGAAGGUGUGGGAGAAGAAGGAGGAUACUACGGGGCCCUGGCAUGAGACGAUAUUCGAAAUCGUGAAGAGAACGAGAGAGAGAAAUAAGUGGCAAGAGAUCCUACUUGGAGGGUGUUGCAAAACUACUCCUAGCGAUAUUGCGAAAUUGAGGAAGAGAAUCGAUGAGCUUCAAGGCUGA